CACUCCUCUCUCGCUCUAUCCUCUCUCUCCCACACACACACACGCGCGUACACAUACAUACAUACGCACACGGACGGCCCAGCUUGCCGCCACGGCCGGAGGGCGAGGAGGAGGUCUUCUACUAUACGCUGUGAGGCCAGAUUUUACGCCUGUCAUAAAAGGAUUUUAGUGAGAAGUCCGCAGUGAAAACUUCGGACGUGAACAAGGAAUGUCUGAAUCCCUGACCCCGGGCAUUUUCCCUGAAGAGACGGACGUCCCAGCGAUAGUGCUGCGAGAAUUAUUAUGACUUCAGACUCUGAACUUCCGACUGACAUACCGUCACGCGCUGCACCAUUCCUGCAGCAAAGAGAUGCCGCAGAGCGUGUGUGUCGUCUGGAAUAAAAACAUAACAAUAUAGUGUUGUGAAUUCACAAACUUUCAGGAUACCUCCGGCCCGUUUUCGAGAGUGCGUCCUAUAGGAAGCCACAUUAGCACCAACGAAGCUGCUAAAACGACAGGCCACAACGUCCUUCUGUGUGACUUCAGCUACAAUAUUUCCAAGACUUCUCAGAGAUUUCAGGGGAAGGGAAAGAAAGGUUUGCUCAUGUUUGAAGCCAUUUAAAAGUCACAAAGCUGCCAUAACGUCUACAUUGAUUCAUUUGUAGGACUUCAGAUACAAUAUUCAAAGGGUUCUCGGCAAUUUCAAAAGACAACCUACUCCUUCCUCCCUGACAUUCCACUUGGACUUUUUGUUAUCCGCGUACAAAUGCAUGCGUGAAAAAUAAACUGUACGUACACAGACUGAAUACCAAAAUGACUUUGAUAGCGGAUAUCUAUACAUGAAAGCUGCCCUACACGGUGGAGGGGAAAAGAAAAACGUGUGGAUCUGCAACUGAAAUACAUUAACUUUGUGACAAAUAGAAAAAACACCCCAUGUUCGCGUUAUCAGCAAGCAGACAACUUAAGGAAUAUGGGGCGAUGUUUCUAAAAUUUAUGCACUUUAUGCAUUCAUAAAAGAGAAGAAAUCUUUGGGUAGUUUUUCACGCUUGUGGAAUUAUCCCAAAAACCUUAAAGUGCAUUCUCUGUGGAUAUGAGAAUCCCAAAAGGUGAAGAACAGAGGACAUAAGUGAGUCGCACGCUCCAUAAGCAGGUGGAGAAGAGGAUUACUUCUGUCUACGACAUCAGUGUGCGAGCGCCCAGCACCGUGUGGAGUCUUCAAAACUCGAACAGGGCACUCGAAGUGAACUCUCAAACAUCUGAGCCAGACAAAACAAGCGUUUCCUGCAUUCGUCUUAUGGAUAUCACACAACAAUAUUCUCGCCAAUACAGCUAGUCGUGCGUCAUUAUUAUUAUAUUGCUUAGGAAUGUUCUGAGCUCGCAAGUGUUAGAAGAAAGUGACUCGUGGAGGAAACUUCCUGGACUUCUAAGAGCUACCGCGAGUUCUCGACAAGAAUUUUACAGCAGGAACAUUAAUUGCCCACACUGAGGAAGUGGUGAGAAUCAGGCCAAUGACUUGUUUCAUACUAGAUACGACUCACUGAGUGUAACGAGAAACAAACGAGAAAAAAGAACAGGGAAAAAAGCGUGAACGGGUUCGUCCGUCAGUGACACCAACUGUCCGUCAGUGACAUCAACUGUCUGUCAGUGACAACAACUGUCUGUCAGUGACAACAACUAUCUGUCAGUUACACCAACUGUCUGUCAGUGACAUUAACUGUGUCAGUUCCCCGUGCAGUGUCGUCAAGAUGUCUGGAGCCAUCAUGAAGAACGGCAACUACAACGUGGUCAACAGCACGCUCGGCGGUGACGCAGGCGGCAGAUUCCAGGACGCGGCGGUGCCGGGCGAGGAAGAGCAGAGUCUGGCCGCCUAUACGGUGGUCCUCUCCAUCGCGCUGCACCUCCUGUCCACCGUGUUCGGCGGCGGGAGCAGCGCGGCGGUCAUGGCGGCGGUCCUCAGCCGCAAGAACAUCGACAAGCAGAGCUACCUGGCCGUGCUGGCGCUCUUCCUGGCCUGCUGCACGCUUAACGUGGCCUGGAGCCCGCUGGAGGUCACCGACCUCCUGGUCUACCACUACUGGCAGCGCCACCCCAGCGCCACCAUCGCCGCGGCCAAGACGGCACUCUACCUGUUCCUCGUGCUCAUCAUCAGCGUCAUUAUCACGCUCCUCUCCGUGGACGGCAUGGCACGCGUCAUCAACUACUCCUGGCGCCCUCUGGGCAGGCUGUGCAACCUCAUCUCCUGCCUCGUCGCCGCCAUCGUCGCUGCCGCUCUCCUCACCGUGUUCGUCGUUAAGUGUGUGAAGUCACCCGACAGUGCCCAGGACACGUUCGUCCUAACAGAGCCGGGCGCCAAAGUGACAUUCCUGGUCCUGCUCACCGUGGCCUUCUCCCUGUGCGUGCUGGCCACCCUCCCGCUCAUUGCGCUCCUCCUCCGGGAGAGCCUGUACUGGGAGGACGGCCGGCCACACUUCAGGCAGAAGAAGGUCAAGCUCGCCAUUCCAGAGUUCCUCAUCAGCCAGUCCAACGCGUGCGCGGGCGGCGCCGACAACACGGGGGGCUUCGAGAACAGCCACAGCGGCACGCCGUCCCCGUCCACGCCCAAGCUGCUCACGGUCGAGGCAGCGGACACGGCUUCUCUAAAAGGCGGUGGCGAGGACAGUAGCCCAAUAUCCGAGCUCCCGAGCCCCGUGGCCAAACCGAUGGGCAACCGUCUGGGCAUCAACAUGGCGCAGGUUCUGGGCCGUCGGCGACACACAAUCUGCCAGAUCAGCGACUCUAGCAGCGCCGCCUCCGCGCCCGUGGAUCCCGUGUCCAAAGCCAAGCAAUACAACUACGUGAGGAAGUUCUCCGUGGACAUCUCCGCGCUGCAAGCCCAGCUGCAAAACCCAAAGAUCUUCAAAGAGGCGCCAUUCCAGUCGGACGUGGAUCUGACCAAAAAACCCUCGGACAACGCCAAACAGCCGGCGCCAAAGCCGCUGUUGCCGCUGAAACCGCUGCCGACUUUCAAAUUCGACGAGAAGGAAGAGAAGGCGGGCGAUGUGGAGAAGAAGGAGGCAGAGGUCCCGGGCGUGAAGAUCACGCCGCCGCCUGUCAUCAUGGUCUCCAACGACGACACCCAGUACAACCACGGCGAGGGCGACGCCGGUCAGAAAGAAUCAGCGUUCCAAAAACCGGAGAGCGGUGCCGGCGAGGAUAAGGACGGCGGUAAGGAGGAAGAGAAGGACGGGGCGUCCGAUCACGUGACCUCGCCUUCUCAGAACUCGCACAGCGGCGGCGUGCAGAAGCCGACGAGUCUGGCGUUCAAAGACCCGGCGUCGUCGGGCGGCACGGAGGAAGAGCACAUCUCGGCGCCCACCCUGGAGAGCGCGGUGAGCGAGCCCAGCGACAGCGAGUCUGAGGGCCGGCGCCUGGCCCGUCUCACGCUCCUCCUGUGUGUGGCCUUCUGCCUGGCCAUGCUGCCCGUGCUGGUGACGGAGCUCCUGCGAGCCUCGCUCAGCCUGCACGCCUACGUCAACAUCCACACGUGCACGCUGGCCGUGAGCGCCCUGCAGACCAUCGUCUACCCGCACCUAGUGGCCUGCUCGGAUCAUGUGGUGCACAGGGCGGUCAGGAGGCUCAAGAGGCGAGUCAGGAUCAGCUGUGGGUGCCGCUCCGACCAGGAUGGACAGAGUCACGUGGAGGACAGUUCCAGCAUGAGCCAGGUGUAAGACGGGGCUGGCGCUCAGACAUUUUAGAGGAAAUGUGUGUAAGUGUAAGUCACUCACUCCGGACUGCUCAAGUCACCUCACCUUUGGUAACGUGACCAAUAGCUAAACGCAGAUCCAAGCGGUGACACUUGUUUGUUUUGAUGAGUGUUUUACGGCGCUUGCAACUGCAUAGGUCAUAUUAUUAUGAGCGCGCGAGCAGUGACACUGAAAGUGCAAGUAAUAAGCAAACGAGCAAAGGCUUAACUUCUAAACAGUGUGAAGAUUUCACUUCUGAGCCACAAAACUGUCUCCUCACUGUGGUCGUCAGUGCCGAAUACAACGCUUUGCGCUGAGAGGCAAACAGGCGUAAAGGGAAGUUUUUAUAAAAGUCUCCGUUGUACGGAGAUGAUACUGGAAUGUCGAAGAUCGUUUCAUAAUGUCCAGGUGGACAGGAGCCACCUCAAACAAAUAACACUUUGUCCGUCAAUGUCUGAUGAUGACCAACGCACCUGCAGAGGAGAGUACUCCUUUAUGACAAAUAUACGAAAUAGGGAUUGAAAUGAAUUGUGGCUUCUGCACAAAUUCUGGCAGAGAAUGCCACGUUUAGAGCAUUAAAAAAAUUUAUUUCUACUCGUGGA